GGCUGUUUCCUCCUUCUCCAGGACGCCACCUCCCGGAAUCGACUUUUUUUAUUUUAUUUAUUUUUUACUUUUUGGAGCUGGCCAGUCGCUGGCUGUGCCGAGGGUCUGCGAUUGCUGGAGGAGUGGGCUGGGGCGCAGGGGCCACAGACUGCCGCCCACUGCGGGACCCACAGAAAGGAGGCCGACCGGCCCGCCACGCCAUCUGCUCGCUGGAGCUCACUCUGCAAACUCCUGUUGAGUUCUGGCUCGUUGGGAAGCUGGACACAUCCACCCUUGGACUGGAUUCAGGAAGCCACUGCUUUUCUCAUUGCCCUUCUUGGAUUUUCUGGAUUUUUGAAAACCCAGUGGCCCAAGAGGAGUAGGAAGGAGGAAGGAGCAGAACUUCAGAGGAAUGUGACAGAGUCUUCCAAGGCCUGAGGAGCCAGAAGGAGCUGGGAGCCAGAGCUGCAGGCAUUCUGGAACCAUUUCGGAGCGAUUCUCUUUUGUUUUAGAACGUUGUUCCAGUGGAAAGUGGAAUACUUGCCCUCUCAGAGCUGAUUUCUCCAAGUCACUUGACUUUUCCUCUGGAAGUGGGAGGAGGGAGAGACUCCCCUUCAGGGGCUGCCAAGGGAAGGGGGGAAGACUAUGGAUAUGAGGUCCCCCUGCCCCCAGGCAUGUGCUGGGGGACUUGAUAAGGAUGUUUCUGGGCCAUGGGCACAGCUUUGAAGAGUAGGAGACUGGAUAGCAUCUCUGGGUGCUGAGACCUGCCUUAGGGACCGAGAAACUGAGCUGCUGGGACAGGCAUUGGUUUGGUACCUUCCUGGACACCUCAGUUCUGGGCAGGACCCUCUCCUCAUCUUUCUCUACCACUGGCCCAGCCAUGGCACUGAAAGGCCGAGCCCUCUAUGACUUCCACAGUGAGAACAAGGAGGAAAUCAACAUCCAACAGGGUGAGGACCUGGUCAUCUUCAGUGAGACCUCACUAGAUGGCUGGCUCCAAGGCCAGAACAGCCGCGGUGAGACAGGGCUCUUCCCUGCCUCUUAUGUGGAGAUCAUCCGUUCUGGCACUAGCUUCAACCAUGCUGACUACUCCAGCAGCCCUGCAGGCUCUCCAGGCACCCAGGUGAGCUGGUAUGACAGCCCCAGUGUGGCCAGCCCUGGGAGCAGUGGGGGCAGUUGCUUCCUGUCAAACCAGGGUAGCUUUGAGGAGGACGAUGAUGAUGACUGGGAUGACUGGGACGAUGGAUGCACAGUAAUAGAGGAGCCACGGGCUGGUGGACUGGGCACCAAUGGGCACCCCCCACUCAACCUCUCCUACCCUGGUGCCUACCCCAGUCAGCACAUGGUCUUCCGGCCCAAGCCACCCCUGGAGAGACAGGACAGCCUGGCAUCUGCCAAGCGAGGUAGUGUGGUGGGACGCAACCUCAACCGUUUCUCAUGCUUUGUGCGCUCUGGAGUAGAGGCCUUCAUCUUGGGUGAUGUGCCCAUGAUGGCUAAGAUCACAGAGACAUACUCCAUUGAAAUGGGCCCUCGUGGCCCCCAGUGGAAGGCCAACCCCCACCCAUUUGCCUGCUCCGUGGAGGAACCCACCAAACAGACCAAAUUUAAGGGCAUCAAAAGCUACAUCUCCUACAAGCUCACGCCCACCCAUGCUAGCUCCCCUGUCUACCGGCGUUACAAGCACUUUGAUUGGCUCUAUAACCGCCUGCUUCACAAAUUCACUGUCAUCUCUGUGCCCCACCUGCCAGAGAAGCAGGCCACAGGCCGCUUUGAGGAGGACUUUAUUGAGAAGCGGAAGCGGCGGCUCAUCCUCUGGAUGGACCACAUGACCAGCCACCCUGUGUUAUCCCAGUAUGAAGGCUUCCAGCAUUUUCUCAGCUGCCUGGAUGACAAGCAGUGGAAGAUGGGCAAACGCCGGGCAGAGAAGGAUGAGAUGGUGGGUGCCAGCUUCCUUCUCACCUUCCAGAUCCCCACGGAGCACCAGGACCUGCAGGAUGUGGAGGAUCGUGUGGAUACCUUCAAGGCCUUCAGCAAGAAGAUGGAUGACAGCGUCCUGCAGCUCAGCACUGUAGCGCUGGAGCUGGUGCGCAAGCAUGCAGGGGGCUUCCGCAAAGAGUUCCAGAAGCUGGGCAAUGCCUUCCAAGCCAUCAGUCAUGCCUUCCAGUUAGACCCCCCCUUUAGCUCUGAGGCCCUCAACAGUGCCAUUUCUCAUACGGGCCGUACUUAUGAAGCUGUUGGUGAGAUGUUUGCUGAGCAGCCCAAGAAUGACCUCUUCCAGAUGCUCGACAUGCUGUCUCUCUACCAGGGUUUGCUCUCCAACUUCCCAGACAUCAUCCACCUGCAGAAAGGCGCCUUUGCCAAGGUAAAGGAGAGCCAACGCAUGAGUGACGAGGGCCGCAUGGUGCAGGAUGAAGCGGAUGGCAUUCGCAGGCGCUGCCGUGUGGUGGGCUUCGCCCUGCAAGCCGAGAUGAACCACUUCCACCAGCGCCGUGAGCUCGACUUCAAGCACAUGAUGCAGAGCUACCUGCGCCAGCAGAUCCUGUUCUACCAGCGGGUAGGCCAGCAGCUGGAGAAGACACUGCGCAUGUACGACAACCUCUGAUCUCAAGUACCUGGCCCCACCCUGCCUUCGGCCCGGUCACUGCAAUGUACUCUGGUUUCCAGACCUCCCACACCAGCAGUAGCUGGGGGUGGGCUCUGGAAGAGUCACGGUUACUCCUGGGGAAGUCUCUUACUCCUUAGAGGUCAGGGCACAACAGGGGUGAGAAUGGGGCCGGGAACCCUCCAGGCUGAAGCCUGGGCUGCUGGUCAGUCACUUGAGGCCAGGCCAGGGUCUUAGCCCACCUUAGAGCCUUCAGAGCUUGUUCUCCUGGCUGCCACCCACUCGUUCACUCAGCAGACACGGGGGUCAGAUGCUGGACACCAGGGCUGUGACAUGCUUGCCCUCAAGGUGUCCCCAGUCAAGGUGGGGAUCAGACACAGAAACAGAUGGGGGUGGUGCGGAAUUACCCACAGUAAAUAAGGGUCCCUGGAAGCUCACAGAGGAGACCACUCAUUUUACCCAUCAGGGAAGACUCCAUGGUGCAGGUGACAUUCAAGAAAUGUCUUGAAGAAUGACAAGGACCUGCCAGGUAGUAAAUGGGUGCAGUAGAUAGGACAUUCAGAAGAGAGGUACAGCAUGAGCGAAGGUACAGAGGCCUGAAAAUACCCUUCCUCUCCCCCUCAUUUUUCCUACCUUGCUUCCCUACCUUGAUGGGGAGGGAUCUUCCUUGUUCCCUCAUCAUCUCAGUCCCUGUCCCUCUCCAAUCCCCACCCCUUGUGGAAUGGGCUGCUGGCCAACUCCCUCCUGACCCCCAUUCACCUGCUAAGCCCCUGUUGCCCUUGGUUAGGGACCAUGCAGCAUCUUUCCCCUGGGCUCCAGGUGCUAAGACAAGUCAUGGACUCUAGGACCCUGCUGUUGUCUUCCUGGUGGGGACAUCCAAAAGGUACCAGAUUUUUGAGUUCACUAAGCAAUAGCUCCUCACACUCCAGCAGGCUCUCACCCCAGGCUCCUGGGGUCCUCUACCCUGUGAAUCCUGGAAUCCUUCCUGGUGCACAGUGGGAGACCCAAGGGGAAAAGAUAGGCUGGCCUGCCUACUACCCCAGGGACCCUGAGCCCACCCACCCAUGGCUAGCCUCACUGCAGUGCCCACCUGGGUCCUGGCCAUUUGUUUACAUCCUCAAGGGGGGCUACUCCUACCCCCCAGGCCAGGGCCUGGUCCAGCAUCGGGUUGGGUAGAACCGACAAGUGCCACUGCUAGCCCCUCCAGGAGGUCACGGCCAUUCCUGGCUGCUGCUGCUGCUUGAAUAUUUUUUCUUUUUUUUUCCUGAUGAACCUUUUACAAUUAAGAUAAUAAAAAACAUGACUUUUUAAUUUAGAUCCUAGAGAAGAUGAAGGUGGGGGAAGGAUAGAACACUAGUUGUCCCUGAGGCACAAAAUUUGCCCCAGAACCUCAACAGCUCAGGGGCGGGCUGUGCUGGUGGGAGGUGCUGUCUGGGGAUCUGGAGGUGGCCAAGGACCCCAGCUGGAUGCACACCCUUCCCAGACCUCACUCACAUCUCACCAGCGGUGGCUUCUGCCAGGGGGUUGGCUCUGUUGCUCUUAUCUAUGGCUACGUGUUGCAUGAGAGAGGAAUGGGAGGCUAUGUCCCAGGACAGCCUCAUCAGUGGGGUUCCUCUCCCCAAGAGACCUCGGUCCAGGAGAAGGGGACGGAGCUUAGAAAUGGUCAUUUCCCAGGUAGUCCUGGGUGUCCAGCUGUGUGGUAACUUCCGUGUUGGAAACUGAGGACACCCCAGCCCUGCCCUUGGGAUUGCCCCAGGGAGCGUGAAUGGGAAUCUGCACACGUGGGAAAGAGGAGUGUGGUGAAACCACGGUGCUCUUUUGGGGCAGCGGAGACUUGGUGCAGGGAGGAGAGCUGUGGUCCAGGCAUCAGGGGGUCUCUGGCCAGGCCAGGGGCCCAGGAGCUGGGGGCAGGUGGAGUGGGGGAGCGGGCUGCAAGGGCUCCCUAUUCAGGGCAGAACGUCCUCAGGAACUUCUGGAAUGGGCCCUUGAUCCUGGGUCAAAAUUAGGUCAGAUUUGGGACUUUCUGUGGACCUUGCCCCUCCUUCCUGCCUGCCCUCCUCCCCUCAUUUCCAUCUCCUCUGAGGACCUUUCCUACCUUAAUCUUUUCUUAGCUUUGACAUUCAUGUCCCCUCUGCAGAGGGAAACCUGACCACAGCAAGGGGCAAGGGGAGGGGGAGGGUUGGUGGCUCCUUCUUGAGGCCAGUCUGGGUGGGAUGGGAAUGUUCUUCUUAAACCCACAGUGCCUGGAAAGUCCCCACUCGUGCUUCCUGCCCUGGACCGCCCUCUCGUAUCCCUUCCUUGAGAGGGGCUGCCUCCUACAGCUCUCCUCCUCAGGGAGUGGGGGUUGGACCUAGGAGAAGAACCAGAAUGCAAAGUCUCGGGUUGGCCAGGCCUACUCUAGGUAUCCUGAGGUCUCUAGGCUGAGAUAUCAUGUAUGGUGGGGGCUGAGAAUAUCACAGCCCCUCUCUGUGAUUUCCGUCUAUGCGUGGGUUGGGGUGUUGGGGGAAUUUGAGAUCUGUUGGCCUUGGGAGAAUAAUGUGGGGAGUAUCCUGGUGGUGACAUGGUUUGCUGGCUGGCCUCUGUUACAUGCCAGGCACAUGUUCCAGACUGAGCUGGGCCAAGCUGCCUCCAGUUCCCUCUCCCAUUUGGCUCGGAGACAGGUGGAAAAAAGGUCUCUCUUUCUGCCCUGGGCAACUACUGGGACAGAACUACCAAACCUGAGGGUUUAGGACCCCUGAUACCCAGUCUUGGCACAGUCCAGGGAAGGAGUCUGUUUUGCGGCUGUAUGUGGGGUGGAGAGGUGGUUCUCAGACCCUGCAUCCUGUUGUCCCCCGGACACAGGAGGGCUGUGAACCACUGUGCCACAUCUGGAGCAGCGCAAGGGCUGGGGGGGAGACAUGGUCCCAGGCCCAGCUCACCACUGCCCCUCCAUCCACUGACACAGCCACACAGCCCUCCUCACAUCCACACAGUCCCAGACACUAUGGCCCAACUCAAAGCACAUAUAGCUACACACAGCUGCACAAUUCCUCUAUAGGCAUGUAAGUCACACCUGGCGAUAUGCACACAUAUGCAUGGUCAUGUGCUCUCACAGUUGCACUCCUAGCUACAGUGCCACACACACUCACAUUCACAGCUACGGCCACACAUGUCAUCUAUUCACAGCAUCAGUCUCAACUGUGUUAUAUCACUCACAGCCAUUCCACAAUCUCAUGCACACAGUCGUACCCUCAUACGGUGAUACACAUAUACUGCCAUAAAGUCACACAUGCACAUAGGAAAGGUGUCACACACGUGUAGCUGUACCUGGACCACAUCUGCUCCACCUUCUGGGGGAGCCAGCUAGGAUCAUCCAUCACUGGACACUACAAUGUCCAGUUCUUCGUGGACAUACAAGGAACUUGAGGUCUAGUGGCUGGUGGAAGUCAGCUGCAUUACCCAGUGUUCCUCGGGGAUGGGGGUGCUUCAAGCUAGCGCUCAGCUCCCUGUAGGCUAUGUGGCCUGGCCUUGCCUGCCUCCCCCCACGCUGCCCGUGCCCAGGCCAGUCAAUAGGUUCAGGCUGCCUCCGAAGUCCCCUGGAUGAAGCCACAAAACAAGUCUCCAGGCAUGUCUCCCACUUCUUGAACCAGAGCUGAGGCAGCUGUGUCCAUAAGAACAGGAGCCAGGAUGCAGUGGACAGAGCUCAGGCCUUGGGCUGGAGGAACAUUCCUGCACCAUCUCCCCAAGCAUGCAAGGACUGGGCCCGCCCUGACUGCCUACCCGCUGACUCAGAUCUCCAGGAGCCAAGCCUUCUCAGUUCCUUGCCUCUCCCCGUUAAACCUGCUGCCCCACCAAUUCAGCUCCGGCACCUCUCUCACUGGGAAGGGUAGAAAGAGAUGGUGAGCCCUAGCAAAAAGAUCAUGGGGAACAAUAAAAAUUUACCUCCCCGGACUUAGCUCAGGAAGGCCAAUUGGGAAACGCCUCUUUGGGGUUCAGCAUAGCUUAACACAAACCUUUUUUUUCCUUAGGUUUUAUUUUGUUAGUCAAAGCUCAGUGCAGUCCCGUUUGUUUAAGAAGCGGUGUCUCUCACACAGCUGUGGAGGCCACGGGAGGCCACAGCCUCCUUGGUCCUUACAGCAGCCUUGCUAGGUGGGCAUCAUUGUUCUAUUUCAUGGGCAAGAGACCACGACCUGGCCAGAGGGAGGAUAGGAUCUGCCUAGACUCACACGAUGAGUCUGAGGAGGCUUGAAUCCAGCUCUCUGGCUUCAUUCCUUAACUCGUUUAGGUUCAAAGGAAGAGGGGGUGGCAGAUUUCUACUUCAGAGGUGGGAAAGAAUGAGAAGGCUGGUGAACCCAGCUGCUGAAAUGUGAAGGGCUCAAGGGUAGGUGGGCCCCACCAGGCCCCAGAGAUGAAGAGGCUGGUGGCGGUGGCACUGCACGGAGGGACUCGGACUCCCUUACAGAUGAACGUCUGAGGAGCGCCGCUUCAUUUUUCUAUAACCAACCUGAAUUCCUUUCUUGCUGUUUCAGUGCCCCACAUGUUAGAAAAUUAAUCUCAAAUCAUAUGGGGACCACUUCUUUCCUGAAGGAUGCAUCUACAUUUUGGGGGUGGCACAUUUGAAGACCGUAGGCAGGUCCCUGGCACUUUGAAUUUUGGAGGCCGAGCCCCACACUCUGGCACACAGGACAUUUUGCUGGCAUUCCACAUUAAAAGUCAUUAAUAUAUACCUAUUUGAGUUGGGUUCAUUGCUACUCGACCAUGUCUUGUCUUAUGGAUAUUUAAUUAAACUCUAUUAAUUUCGA